AUGUACCUAGGCGUAGACACCCGCGAGACCAGACUCGUGCCCGCAGACACCCGCGAGAAGAGACUGGUGCCCGCAGACACCCGCGAGACCAGACUCGUGCCCGCAGACACCCGCGAGACCAGACUCGUGCCCGCAGACACCCGCGAGAAGAGACUGGUGCCCGCAGACACCCGCGAGACCAGACUCGUGCCCGCAGACACCCGCGAGACCAGACUCGUGCCCGCAGACACCCGCGAGAAGAGACUGGUGCCCGCAGACACCCGCGAGACCAGACUCGUGCCCGCAGACACCCGCGAGACCAGACUCUUGGCCGCAGACACCCGCGAGACCAGACUCGUGCCCGCAGACACCCGCGAGACCAGACUCGUUCCCGCAGACACCCGCGAGACCAGACUCGUGCCCGCAGACACCCGCGAGACCAGACUCGUGCCCGCAGACACCCGCGAGACCAGACUCGUGCCCGCAGACACCCGCGAGACCAGACUCCUACCCGCAGACACCCGCGAGACCAGACUCGUGCCCGCAGACACCCGUGAGACCAGACUCCUACCCGCAGACACCCGCGAGACGAGACUCGUGCCCGCAGACACCCGCGAGACGAGACUGGUGCCCGCAGACACCCGCGAGAAGAGACUGGUGCCCGCAGACACCCGCGAGACCAGACUCGUGCCCGCAGACACCCGCGAGACCAGACUCUUGGCCGCAGACACCCGCGAGACCAGACUCGUGCCCGCAGACACCCGCGAGACCAGACUCGUGCCCGCAGACACCCGCGAGACCAGACUCGUGCCCGCAGACACCCGCGAGACCAGACUCGUGCCCGCAGACACCCGCGAGACCAGACUCCUACCCGCAGACACCCGCGAGACCAGACUCGUGCCCGCAGACACCCGUGAGACCAGACUCCUACCCGCAGACACCCGCGAGACGAGACUCGUGCCCGCAGACACCCGCGAGACGAGACUGGUGCCCGCAGACACCCGCGAGACGAGACUGGUGCCCGCAGACACCCGUGAGACCAGACUCCUACCCGCAGACACCCGCGAGACCAGACUCGUGCCCGCAGACACCCGCGAGACCAGACUCGUGCCCGCAGACACCCGCGAGACCAGACUCGUGCCCGCAGACACCCGCGAGACCAGACUCCUACCCGCAGACACCCGCGAGACCAGACUCGUGCCCGCAGACACCCGUGAGACCAGACUCCUACCCGCAGACACCCGCGAGACCAGACUCGUGCCCGCAGACACCCGCGAGACCAGACUCGUGCCCGCGAGACCAGACUCGUGGCUAAUAUACGUUUUCAACCCCACUGUCUCAUUCUUACUUUCAAAAAUGACACCCCCAGAAGCUCCCGAGUUGAAGGCAAGGCUCCAGCAGCCGCCAACAACGACGGUGAAGCCCUCAACAGCAGCCGCCAACAACGACGGUGAAGCCCCGCAGCAGCAGCCGCCAACAACGACGGUGAAGCCCUCAACAGCAGCCGCCAACAACGACGGUGAAGCCCUCAGCAGCAGCCGCCAACAACGACGGUGA